CACCGGCAAUUAGUGCGCAGCUCAGAGGUGCGACACAACAACAUGCCUCCACUGGAGAAAAUGCAACAUCCCAAACCCUUCAAACAGAGGAAGAGUCUAGCUACGAGGAAGCAAGAGGUGGCAGGAAUCCGAACUAAGUUUCCGACUAAAAUCCCGGUGAUUAUUGAGCGAUAUCAGAGAGAGAAGUUCUUACCGCCUCUGGAUAAGACGAAGUUCCUCGUGCCUCAAGAACUCACUAUGACCCAGUUCGUCACCAUCAUCAGGAAUCGAAUGACCCUGAUGCCCAAUCAAGCUUUCUACCUGCUGAUCAAUAACUCUGGCAUCGCCAGCAUGUCUCUGACCAUGGCCCAGCUCUACAAGGACCAUAAAGACGAAGACGGCUUCCUCUACAUGACGUACGCCUCGCAGGAGAUGUUCGGACACUAUAAAAACAGGUGA